CGUUUAUUAAUGAGUCGUCUUCAUUCAUUCGAUCCUACCGAGAAGACGUCGAAAUCGCGCGCAGUAAGGUAUUCACGGAUACCGUGCCCCUAGAGCCGGUGAAUCUCUGCGAAGCGAUUCCUGCGACGAGUGCAUCAGCUCCGUUGAUCGUCCCCACAACGUUGUCCCCCGCACCAACACAGGUCAAUGGGUCCGACGCGGUAUCAAGAAGGUGCUCAACUGCUGAAAUAGACAGCUCGCGACGCAGUUACGGGGAUAACUUUCCCGCUAUCGUCCAUCCGCUGUUGUCACGACGACGGUACGUUGUGUGAGAUGGACAUUUGCGACGACUUCAGUGCCAAGUCAACGACCCUGACUGUCCUGCAGGGUUUUGUCCAGUCCGAAACGCGAGACAUCAUCCAGGAGAACGUCUACGUCAUCUUGGGCCAUGGCAAGUUCCAGAGGCAGGUCCUGCACUGCGCAAUUUUCUCCUUGGUCGUCCUGCUCCUCCACGCGUUCGCCUACCGCGUCAUCGGCCGUUCCGUGGACCACUGGUGCCGGCCGCCCGACAAUCUGCGCGACAUGCCCGUCCAGGAGUGGAAGAACGUGGGAAUCCCCGUGCUGGCCGACGGCAGCUUCAGCAAGUGCACCGUCUACGACCCGCCGGUUCCGGUGAUAACCUCUCCUCUGUUCAUGACCCAUGAAGGAAACGAAGAGGAACGCCGCGAAGUUCCCUGCUACCGCUGGGACUACGACAUCGCGCACAAGGAAGACAGCGUCGUCAGCCGCUGGGACCUGGUGUGCCAGAACAACUGGCUCUACUCGCUCUCUUCGUCCGUCUACACGAUGGGCCCAGUGCUGUUCGUGCCGCUGGCCGGCGUCGUUUCGGACCGCGUGGGACGCAGGCCGACCAUCAUGGCGAGCGCCAUCACCAUGCUUUUCUCCUGCCUCGGCGCGGGUUCGUCGCCGUCCUUCGGCCUGUUCCUCGUGGCCCGCUUGAUGGUUUCAGCCACGGCCAGCGCCACUACCUUGCUCGUUUUCAUCGUACUCUACGAGGUGACGGGAAACUAUCGACGCGUCCUCUACGGUCUCCUGGCCACCGGCGUCGGUCCCACCGUGACGCCCGCUGUGCUGCAGAUCAUGUCCCUGUUCCGUCCAAACUGGAAGUUCUCGCAGGCGAUGCUCGCCACUGCCACGGCGCUCGUGGUCGCCUGGUGCUACUGUAUCGACGAGUCACCCGUCUGGCUCCUGGCCGUCGGCAAUAUCCGCCAAGCGGAGCUCACCGUUCUGCAGGGAGCCAGGUACAACGGCGUCGACCUCGGGAAAGCCAGGGCCACUUUCAAGGCCUUCAGGAGGCAACUCGAGCGGCUGGACAUGGCCGCGUCUGCCGGACCGGGGAGCGACAGCAACCCGGAGAACGUGCUGCGCGUCGUCAACUUUCGCCGACGAGUCGCGUCCGUGCUCCUGUCCUGGUUCGCCGUCUCGUUCGCCUACUACGGCACGUCCUACCGCGCCAUGUACAUGGCGGAGCACUGGGAGUUGACGAGUCUCCUUCUCAAGGCGCUGCUCUUCGUCGCCAUCUACGACAGCAUGACGAGGCGGGGUCAUCGGGCGACGCUGUCCGGCGUUCUGAUGCUGCUGUGCGCGUCGAGCGCCGUGAUGACGGCCGUCGUCGUGUGGAACGUGAGCGUUGCCAUCCCGCUGCUCAAGAUAGCUGUCGAGGGUGUCUCGGCUACCGCCAUGUGCAUCACCUACAUUUACACGACCGAGGUUUUUCCCACCACCAUCCGGAGCAUGGGGCUGUCCGUGUCGUACACGGUGGGCCGCCUGGGCGUGCUACUGGCAACCUGGCUCAGUUACGUCGCCUACCACGGGGUAUCGCUGUGGCUAAACCUAUUGACGACGAUACUGGUCUUUGCGAGCGCACUGGCGAUUCAGUGGCUUCCCGAAGUACUCGUACAGAAUAGGAAGACGAAGGGUGAGUCCACGCCUGCUCAACCGGCGGCCACUGUAGAACAGCAGCGGGAGGAAGCCCCCAAGGUGGCCCUAGAACAGGAACGAGGCGCCGUCAAGAGCGAAGGCGGCGGUAGCCCGAGUCGAUCGUCGCCCUCGAAGGUUGAAUCGCAGGCGGGCACUCCGCGGGCAGAGCUCGUGACGCAGCCUUCCGCGAUAGCGACGCCUUCGCCGUUGUCGCGAGACUCGCCGCAACGAGAAGUGGCGUCGUUGAAAUGCUCGCCGCAACAAGAAAUGGCAUCGUCGCAAGGCUCGCCGCAACAAGAAAUAGCGUCGUCGCAAGGCUCGCCGCAACAAGAAAUAGCGUCGUCGCAAGGCUCGCCCCAACAAGAAAUGGCGUCGACGGCGACGCGUCGGCACCGCGUAACCAGUACAGGCAAGAAAAGUCACAAGCGCCGUAAAGGCCGCUCAGGCACUCCUUCGCCAUCGAGGUCGCCGCGGUCAUGA